AUGCCGCUGCAGCACGUCGAGACGUUGCGAAAGAAAUGGCCUCUUGCCCACCGCGCAGCCGGCUACGCCAUCCUCUCCCUCUCGCUGGUGCUCAGCAUGUCCGGGUACUGGUUCUUUCUAUCAAAGACUGCAUACACCCACGCCAACGUCUUCCACAUGCACAGUUUAAAAGGCCUCGGUCCCAUCCUCCGCUGGCCGACGUUUGAGCUCACACUCUGGGUGAUUGCCCCGUUCUACUGGCUGACCAUUUACAAAACGGCCGUGACGGCGCGGGCCAAGAACUUUGUGCAGCACCGGAAAUGGGCGGUGCUGCACACAAUCUGCGCCAGCUUCAUCUCGGUCGAGCGCGUUACCCUGAGCUUGCUCUACGGCAUUGGCUACGCGCUGAGCUUCUUGCCGCAGGAAAAAGUCCACGAGUUCUUUGGCGUCGGGCACGCGGUGCAAGACAUGGCCGAGGCGGAGCUUGGUGUGUUUGCAUUUGCCAAUACUCUUUCGCAUGCCGUCAUUUUAUCCUGGUUGGCUUUUGAGUGUGGGCGGGCUGGAUACUUGGAUAGUGUAAAAGGCUAUUUGUCGUCUCGCGUCAAUGACGCAGCGGUUGCGAAAAAGGUACAAUAA